AUCAGUAAUCGAAUUGAUUCAGAUUAAAUUGAUGCUUUCCCGGCUAGAAUUUCGACCAUUUCUCUCAAUUCUUCUCUCGUAGAUUCAUAUUCCCACUUGAAUUCCAUUUUUUCUUCUGUUGAAAUGGCUAAUUUUUACAAUAUUGACGACAUUAUGGCAGAAGAGGAGCUUGUUCCAGCAAUUUUCCAAGUAUCUGCAAAUGGUGUCGAAAUGUUGGAAUCAGGUGAAGAAGCAGAUAAGGUUGAACAGGGUACUAAGGUGGAAUUGCCGUUUUGGUUAGCUCGUGAGCUUCAACUAAGACAAGCUGUAUCCGUCGAUAUUCCAAUGUGUUUCAAUAAAAAAACUAAGGAUGAAAUAAUAGCUGAUGCUGCUCAUGUUGAUUUAAGAACUAGAAGUCCAUAUUUCUAUGAAUUAGGACUCAAGAUUGAACCCAUAGUUGGUGAUAAAACCAUUAGAAACUUGCUAUUGGGUGCUUUUGCAAUUAGGUAUAAGGAUGUUCUUGUGAAGGCACAGACAACAGCUUUGGCACUAGCUCCCAAAAUGUUGACACUCCUAACAAAGGAAGAAAUGAAAUUGUAUGAGGCUGCUCAAUCGUCGCUGAUAGCGUUCAAGAAAUGGCGGAUGGGUGGGCCUAGGUUCCAGAGAGCAUCUGUACUGGGGAGGAAAAGGAGAUCAAAUGAGUAGAUGAUGAUGAUACAUAGAGACAUUUAUAUAACUUGCAGCUAGUAGAGAUAGUUAACAAUAUUUCAUUGAUUGAUAACAUUUCAGAGGAAUUUGUAACUUGUUUUAUGAUGGAAUCUGAUAUUUUCUAGAUACCCUUCUUUGUAGAAAUAUGAAAUUGAAAGAAUGAUAAAAGGAAAUGUAGGAUUCUGGUUUUAUGUUGGUUUGUGAGUUUAUUUGGGUACCCUCUGGGAAAAUGAAGAAACUUGUUUUGGCUCGUGCUUAUAUGUGUAGUUAUUUCCAAUUUGGAAGUUUAAUGAUUCCUUUCCUUCAAGAAUUGUUUUUGUAAUAUUAAUUAAUUGUCUUCUGAUUCUUA